AUGGCUGCCUCUGCCGACACCGCACCGCCGGCUUCAGGCUACAAACAACCACCGAGCGAUAUUCUCGAUGUGAUGCGUGCGCCUGCUCUGCCUAUCCCAGUCACAAGUCCUGCCGGCGAUCGAAUCAUUCUUGUCUCGCUAGCAAAGUACCCUUCCAUCUCGCACAUCGCCACCCCGUACUUGCGUCUUGCUGGCGUGCGUGUAGAGACAGCCAAUCACAAUCGCCGCAACACAGCCGGCGGUCACGGUAUUCGCACUUUUGCCGAGAAACUGGAGCUGGUCCAGGUCAAGGAUGGCGAAACCAUCACCGUCUCCCUUCCUGCCGACGCUCGCACCACAUCUCCCAUCUGGAGUGCCGAUGGGUGCUACUUUGCCUUUGAGAACGUCACCGCCGACUCUGUGGAGCUCUGGAUCGGCGACGGGCAAACUGGUGUCGCCCGCCAGGUUCCGGACGUGCGGUUGAACCCUUUGCUCGAGGGCGAGCUUAACUGGAUGCCCGACCAGAAGCAGCUUCUCGUCAAGCUCGUCCCCGGUGGCCAGAAACCCCCGCCAGCCGAGCCCACGGUUAUCUCGGGACCUAUCAUCCAGGAGACAGAUGGCAAGAAAGGCCAGAGCAGCACCUACGAGGCCCGCGACACACUCAAGAACAAGCACGAUGAGGCCUUGUUUGAUCAUUACAUGGCUUCCCAGCUAGCCUUGGUAGACGUCGAUUCACUCGCUGUUCGGCCCAUCGGCCAGGUCGAUAUUUAUCUCGCAUCAGGAGCUUCACCAAACGGAAACUACAUUCUCACUCAUGCACUUCGCAAGCCGUAUACAUACAAUGCUGGUUAUUGGAGGUUUCCCUGCGAUGCUAUGGUUUGGGACGUUUCAGACCUCACAAGUAUCAAGUCCAGAACUAUUGCAUCUUUGCCUCUGGCUGAACGUGUCCCGAUUCGCGGAGUGCCCUGCGGUCCACGCAACUUCUCAUGGCGCUCCAACGCUCCUGCUUCUUUAGUCUGGACGGAAGCACUCGAUGGCGGUGACUGGGCAAAUAAUGUGCCACACCGUGACAAGGUCAUGCUCUUGGAGGCGCCUUUUGAUCAGGAUCCCCGUGAGCUUCUGCGUACAGAGUACCGCUUUAGUAAUAUCGCUUGGGGACAAGACCCAUCGUUUGCCAUUCUCACAGAAUAUGACAUUGAUCUUCAGUGGGAGCGCCGCUAUAUUGUCAAUGUCGAUGACCCCCAACAACCACCCAAGCGCAUCGUGGACAUCUCUUACAACGAACGAUACAACUACCCCGGCGGCAAUGUGCUCCACAAGUUGCCCAACGGUUUCAGUAUUAUAUACGAGGCCAACAAUGCAAUCUUCUUCAGAGCCGAAGGCUCUUCCAAAGACGGGGACCGGCCUUUCUUGGACCGUUUUGAUCUCGCGACUAUGAAGCCGAGUAGAUUGUUCCGCAGCAGCGGAUCAGCCUACGAAUCUUUCCUUAAGUUCAGCGACGCUUCGGGAUCAACAUUUCUCACAUUGCACGAGUCGCCCACGGAUCCUCCAAACGUUUUCCAGCGUACACUGGGAGAGGAGAUUGAUGCUCCAGCCGGCGAGGCCGUUUACAGCACCGAGGCCCGGGCUGUUACAAGAAUACCCAACCCAACCCCUCUUCUCUCGCAGAUUAAGAAGCGCGUUGUAACGUAUCAACGUGAUGAUGGAGUUCAAUUGUCCUUUAACCUCCACACCCCACCAGGAUAUCAGGAAGGCACGCGUGUCCCGACCAUUCUCUACGCCUACCCCCGAGACUUUGCCAACGGCUCUGAGGCGGGCCAGGUUACAGGCUCCGAGGCCCGUUUUACACGCCUUCGCAAACACCAAUUUCUCUUGCUUUCCGGCUACGCCAUUCUUGAGAACACAACGUUUCCGAUUGUUGGCGACCCCAAGAAAGCCUACGACACCUACUUGGAGCAGCUUGUUGCCAACGCCAAGGCCGCCGUGGACAAGGCUGUCGAAAUCGGCGUCACGGACCCGGAUCGUGUUGGCGUCACUGGACACAGCCACGGUGCACUUAUGACGGCAAACCUGUUGGCCCAUUCAGACAUUUUCAAAACUGGUGUUGCCACGAGCGGGGCCUACAACAAGACGCUGACACCCUUUGGGUUCCAGAAUGAGCGCCGAAGCGUAUGGGAGGCGCCUGAGCCUUACCGUAAAGCGUCGCCCUUCUUCUUCGCAGACAAACUUGAGCAUCCGAUCCUCAUCAUUCACGGAGCCGAUGACGCCAACCCUGGCACAACCCCUAUGCAGUCCUCCAACUUUUAUUCAGCCGUGCGCGGAAAUGGAGGCACAGCCAAGCUGGUUCUGCUGCCACACGAGCCGCAUCAUUACCAAGCCAAGGAAUCGCACGAGCAUGUUAUUCAUGAAAUGCUGGCUUGGUUUGACAAGUACCUCAAGUACCCGGCGGAGACACAACCCGAUUCAAAAAUAUAG